AUGACACUCACAAGCCUCUUCACCGGGCUUGCAUUGGCCUCGGGCGCCUGGGCUGUACCUCUGUACAGCCGUGAAAACACUUCCGGGAUCAACUGGGGACCAUGCAAUUUUGAGAGCGCUACGAAGGGCCCUAUCGAAUGCGCAACGUUUGCUGUGCCUCUCGACUACACUGAUGCCGAAUCGACCGAAACCCUCAAGCUCUCUUUAAUCAAGAGCCCGUCGCGUAGCAACACCACGUCCGUCAAGAAGAGCAUCCUGUUCAACUUUGGAGGUCCGGGUUACGGGGCCGUUUCCUCCCUGAACAGCGGGGCCGACGCGUUCCACUUGGGCACCGAGAAGACAAUCACUUUUUCGUGCUUCGACACCCCGGCGGAAAGGGAGAUAGCCGGGCUCAAAUUCCCCUACCUGCCUGUUGACGCCCAUGAGACCGCCCUGGCCGAGACCUAUGCUGGUGCGCAGGCAACCAGCAACAUCUGCCGCGAGAAAUACAAAGGGAACCACAACCCCGAGUUUAUCGGCACCGCGUUUGUGGCCAGGGACUUGAUGAGCGUCGUUGAUGCGCUUGACGAAGAUGGCUUGUUGAGGUUCUGGGGCAUGUCCUACGGCUCCCUCCUAGGAGCCACAGUCGCGGCCAUGUUCCCCGACCGCAUGGACCGCCUAGUCCUCGACGGCGUUGUAAAUGCCCACAACUACUAUCACCACCUCGGCAUCGAUAUCGACCAGUUCCUGACGGCCGAUUCCGGCUUCCGGGCCAUCCUGGCCGCGUGCAUCGAAGCCGGCCCCGACAAGUGUGCUCUCGCCUCGCUCACCUCCGACGCCGCCGAACUGGAAGCCACCCUCCUCGGCGUGGCCGACAAGUACGGCAAGAACCCCGUCGCGGUCGGCACCACCGUCAUCAACUCGCGCAUGGUCAGGGAGCUCUUCUUCAUCGUGAUCAAGUACACCGGCGGCAUCGCCACGGCGGCAACCCACCUCACCAACCUGGUCACCGGCACCAACCUGACCGAAGUGGCAGCCUACUACGAUGGGCUCCUCGGCGGGGUGUCGGUCGACAACGACUCCAUGAUGGGCAUCAAGUGCUCCGACACGUUCCCGCGCGCCGAGUCCAUCGAGGACAUCAAGCCGGAUGUCGAGCACAUGCUGCAGACGAGCGAGAUCUUUGCGCCCUUGCUCGCCAGCGUUGCCGCCCAGUGCGCCAACUGGCCGUGGGAAGCCAAGGAGCGCUAUGGCGGGCCCUGGGAGGGCAUCAAGACCAAGAACCCCGUCUUGUGGUUCGGUAACACCUACGACCCGGCCACGCCGCUAGCGAGUGCGAAGAAUAUGAGUGCCGGGUUUGAGGGUAGUGUCGUGGUUGAGCAGCGUGGCUUCGGGCACGCCACGCUUUCCCAGAUGUCUAACUGCACCGCCAAGAUCAUGUCGGGGUACUUCAACCUCGGAACUCUGCCCGCCGAUGGCACGGUUUGUGAGGUUAACGAUCCCCUGUUCAAGUGA